AUGGCACCUGAGGGGACUGGCUCGGAUGCUUCCUCCCAUCGCCCGAAGAAACUGAUCUUCGCCCCCGGUGAUAUCGACCCCGAAAAUGAGACUUCCGGCGCAACUACUCAGGCUCAAGGUCAAUCCAAGACGCUCCCCGCGGAUGCCGUCGCGCCCACUGCAGCAACGGACACUACGGUGGUUUCCAAGGCAGCACGGGCUCACCAGUUUGUGACCAACCCCCCUCUCACUGUAUCUCAGCUUCAUAUCACCGAUCCAUUCCGCCAAUUCCAUACCUGGUUCCGCGAUCCCCGGUUGCCAGCAAGCUCGGCGCCCGAAACAUGCACCCUCGCCACGGCUGAGCUGCCCUCGGGUCGCGUCAGCGCACGACCAGUCUACCUGAAGGAGCUGGAUGAGCGCGGAUGGGUUGUAUACAGUAACUGGGGAAGCCGCGAGGGCAAGGGUGCUCACAUCUUUGGGCGGGAGACGACAGCAGCAGCCGAUAACCGCACCACGCCCGAUGCGAUUCCCGAACCGGGCCAAGACGCAGCGGGCGGACAAGAGACGGGCAACAAGUGGGCUGCAUUGACCUUCACCUGGUCACUUACGGAGCGGUCGGUACGGAUCGAAGGAAUGCUGGAGCCUCUUCGUCGGGAGGAGAGCGAACUAUACUGGCGCACUCGAGAGCGGGGCAGUCAGAUCGGUGGCUGGGCCAGCUGGCAAAGUCGUGUGCUCUGGUCGGCCGAGCCCGAGCAACUCGCUACGCAUCAACGUCAAAAGGGCGUGACCGAGCUGCAAGGAUCCGCAGGGUCGAUGCCCGGCGCAAAUGUUCCUGCAGACAUUGACACCACGGAUAUCGAUGACGGUCGCGCAUUACUCGAACAGCGCAUCAAAGAAGUGGAGGCUCGAUUCGCGGGUGUCGAGGAGAUCCCUCUCCCACCUUUCUGGGGCGGCAUGCGCCUGGUGCCCGAGUCCAUUGAGUUCUGGCAGGGCCGGCGAAGUCGCUUGCAUGAUCGCUUCCGCUACGUUCGAAUUGAAGGAGAGGGGGAGAAUGCGAAAUGGCGGCUUCAGAGACUGUCCCCUUAG